GUGACCAAUACCGCUACUCUCACGUGACAAGACCAAGACUUGAUAGUAGAGAUCCAGUGAAUCUGCCAAAAUGCUUUAUCGAAUUUUAAUCAGUUUCCUCCUGGCAGCUUCAUGCUUUGCAGCGUAUGCUCCAGAUGAAGUCACAAAUUUACCUGGAAUUCCUUCUGAAGCCCCACCUUUCAAGCAAUAUUCUGGAUAUCUGAAUGCGACGGGUGACAAACUGUUUCAUUAUUGGUUUGUUGAAUCCCAGAGCAGUCCAUCUGUGGAUCCUGUUGUGCUUUGGUUGAAUGGUGGACCAGGCUGUAGCUCCUUGGAUGGCUAUCUUUCAGAAUUGGGUCCGUUUCAUGUGAACAGCGAUGGAGCUACUCUGUACCUCAAUGAUUACAGCUGGAACAAACAGGCCAAUGUGAUCUUCUUGGAGAGUCCAGCUGGUGUUGGUUUCUCUUAUUCACCUUCAGGAGACAUCAAGACGGAUGAUGAUCAGGUGGCAGAAGACAACUUCCAAGCUCUUCAGAAUUUUUUUGUCAAGUUUCCAGAAUACCUCAAUAACACCUUUUACCUUACGGGCGAGAGCUAUGGAGGUAUUUACAUCCCAACUCUAGCUUUGAAGAUUAUGAAAGGAAACACAUCAAUUAAAUUGGAGGGUUUUGCCAUUGGGAAUGGUCUACUAAACGUAACAAGCAAUUAUGAUUCUGCCAUCUACUUUGGCUACUAUCAUGCACUAUUUGAUCAGGACGUUUGGAAUGAUCUUCAGACAUAUUGCUGUAAGAAUGGCGUUUGUCAGUUCUUCCAGCCUACGGACCAGCAAUGCAAAGAUGCUUGUGAUAUAGCAGAAUCAUUCAUAUAUAGAAGCGGUAUCAACACCUACAACAUAUAUCAGGACUGUACUGGAGGGAUCCCUACUCAAACCAAAAGAUAUCAAUUUGAUCUUUGGUCUUCACUGGGAAUCCAUUACAAGACUCCACAUCCAAAGCAUUUUGAAAAACCACAGACCAAUUCCUCUUUGAGGUCAACGCUCUAUGCAUCUCAUGGUUUCAUGACAUCUAAAGUAGGAGAUCCUGAAUGCAGUGAUACUACUGCUGUUACAACUUAUCUUGGUCGGGCUGAUGUCAGGCUAGCUCUCCAUAUACCUGCGUCUGUACAGCCCUGGGAGGUCUGUAGUGAUGCUGUCGGUGGUAACUACACAAUGCAAUAUCAGUCUGUCAAGCCGCUGAUUGAAUCAAUGCUCACCAAGUACAGGGGACUCUUUUACAACGGCGAUGCGGAUAUCGUCUGCAACUUCCUCGGUGCGCAGUGGUUCGUGAAGGACCUCCACCAAGCCGAAAAGACGUCCAGACGUCCCUGGAAGGUUGGCACGCAGGUGGCUGGAUUCGCCCAUGAGUUCUUGAAUGUGACGGUUGCCACGGUGAAGGGGUCAGGUCACUUGGUCCCGAUGUGGAAGCCUGCUGAGGCAUACCAUAUGAUCACGCAGUUCCUGAAUAACCAACCUUUAUAAGUAGACUUGGUAUAUAGGUUACAGAUAUGUGAUAUCGCAAGGAUUCAUCUCCAUGUUAGCUGGUUUCAAACAAUAUUCUUUAUACUCCCCUGGUGCGAUGUCAUGAAAAUACACACUGGUAGCUUCCCCUAGCUCCAAAACUUAUUCAGAGUUUUUAAAACUAAUCCAGGGCUCCGUAACACAAAGAUUAGCGAUCAAUCGCUAAAUGAACUGACCAAUCAAUAUCAUUGUUAAAGGCGCAUUAGGUUUAAAUACUGACCAGGGACCAAUCAGUGCGGUUCUUUCAUAUUUGCGAUUCAUCGCAAACCUUUGUGUUACGUAGCCCAGAUCACAUUGACACCUCAACAACUAGUGACUUUUCGGGACCAUCUUCAUUUUGUAUUUGGUGUUAUAAUCGUGUCAAAAUUGACCUAACACCAACACCAAAAGGUCAACACUGAACAUGAAAUCACCCAUUUUGCGUUUUAUCAUGUUAUUUUUCAUUUGAUGUCUUAGAGAAGUAUGAUGAAACAUAUCCACAGCUAAAAUUUUGUAAAUUUGGUGAAAUUUGGUAACUAUUCAGGAAUUUACCCCAGAUGCAUUGUUUUCCUGGUUCUAAAUGUUAGGAUUCAGGCCAAUUAUAUUGACCUUUAUUCGGGCAAGCCGGUAUCCCCUGACCAAAGGUGAUGAUAUAUCUAUGAAUUGCUAAGAGACAUUGCUCCAAUGUGCUAAGCACUAUAUAAAAGGAGAAUUUCAUCAUUCUGACAUAAAGAGGAAAAUGAAUAUCAGAUAUUUUUGUAUUAUUAAAAGGCCUAGAUCAAAAGAUGGAAAUGCCCAUGAAAAAUUGCCAUUGAAUAAGUGCCAUUUUACAGUAAUUUUCCAGUUGUGGAGUGAUUUUAUUUGGUGAGCUAAUCUACUGUAAUAACAAAAUUGUGCAAUCAUGAAUUUAAUGUAUAUAUUAUAAUUCUCUGAAUGAUGCCUGGCAUCACAUGUACAUAUGUCGUAUUGUCACAUAAAUAAUCAGAUGAAAUUCUCAUUUAAGAAUUGUCAAUCAUGCAUUUUCCAGCUAACUCUUGUAAUGUUUAUACAACCAUGCCAUUCCCUGUUGCCAGAUUCACUUUUGAUUUUUUAUUGAUGCACUGUUUAUAGAAACAACAUUAUUUGGCCUGAAUAAUGAUGUCAUGAAAACCAGCAUGGCAGGAGGCAGUAGCAUUCAUGUUAGUAGGGAAAUGUUCUUUGAUCCACCAUCAGGAAGGUUUUCAUUCAGCUAAUUUACACCUGAAUACAAAAUGACCUUUUGCUUCCUUUUUACAAAUUUCAUUAUCAUUUGAUCUUAAUCAGUAUAUUAUCAAAGUUGUCUUAAAUCUUGCUAGAUCAUACCCAUGUAUCCCUCUAUUUUCCAUUAAAUUAGAAUAACAUUAACAAUUCUUUAUAUUUCAGCUAAUGGAUAGGUUUUAUCGCAGUGUUUUUCAUAUAGUCUACAUAUUUUCUUAUAAUAGUAUUUAUGUAAAUUGUUCCUAACCAAGAUUUCCUCAAAGACUCAGCUUUUGUAAUCUAUUACUCAGGUGUGAUAUAUUUUUUAUAACAAAAAAAAAAUCAAAAUUUGAAGUAAUGUGUUUAGAUCUAUUGAUUUAAACCCAACUAGGCAGGUGGUGGGGGCUCUCCCAGACCCUAGCUUGUCACUUUGCGUGAUAAGUCUUGUGAAAAGAUUUCACCACAAUGUCUCCUGAUAUGAUAUUUAGAGUUGCGUUUAAUUGCAACUCUAUAUAUCAUGCGCAACUUGAUUUUCAACCAAUCAACAGCGCGCAUUUUGGACUUGCGAUUGAUUUUUUGACUUGCGUUUUAACGCAACUCUUUCUGCAACGGAACCCCUGGCCUAGUAAUGGUAGACCCAUUUUGGGAUAUUACCAAAGCUACGUACAGGCUUUAGCUAUUUAAUACUUAUAAUGUUAGACAUUUCUAUUCUAUCACUUUGAAUAACUCCAUUUUAUUUCAACAGUUUUCUCCCUGAAAACAUGAUAUUAUAACCAUGGAAACAGAAAUACCAGGAAAAA